AUGCUUUUCAUUGUGCGUGCUGGUUUUAGUCUUGGCUACUUUUUCCAGGAAUUGGUAAGCAUCUACUUCCUGAUAAAUCUCAUUCUCUACUUUCACGGAGUGGACUCUUUUGCCUCUCUCCAUUUGGGAAAUGUUCCCACAGCCUAUCCGCAUCCCCUUCAGAGCAUCCACCUAGCUGUUGUUGGUGGCGCUAUUAAUGCCUGCCUCCACAUCUCCUGUGUACUCAUUCUACUUGGUCGUAAACCUCUUCGUCAAAAUGAUCUUAGUAAGACGGCUAUCAUGCGCAUGUUUGUUGCCGGCACCUACCAAUUUUGGUGUAGUUUAACUGCCUGUUGCGCCUGCCUAAGUGGGGUCGUCAUUUGGAGGAAUGUUUUCAGUUCAACACUACGAUCGACACUCGCCUGCACGUAUCGUGGAAAUUGCACAUCCAAGCAAAAUAUUGUGACCCCGUGGGAGGCGAUUAUUAAUUUGAAUUGGGAGUGGGAAAGAUGUCUGAACAGUCGGACAUUCCAUAAUGCUUCAGUUGCAAGCAAGUUUAACACGAUUAUGACUGCUUUUGCAAUGGAUAGUCACGGUACAACUCGAUGUGUCGAGGCACAGUAUCAACUUAACAUUGUUAAUGCUCUAUCUAACUACAUACUCAACUGCUGUUUAUGUAUAAUAGUAAAUGUAAUGCAAAUGGUAUACCUUGGAGUGAUGUACACCUCGAAAAAAACCAAGGUCCGACCAACUAACAUGUCCACUAUGCGAGGAUCAUCCGAUAAUGAAACCAGUGCUGAUGAUGCAGUAAGCACCACGAAUGUAAGAGCGCGACGAACUGAAGAUGAGCAUGAAGUGUCACAGGAAUCAUCAAAACAGUUGACUCUAACAUCGAGAAGCCCGAGACGGAUCUCAUCAAAGCGUACCUCCUCUUGGAGCGAAAGUUCAUUCUUCCAACAGAUGCACAGAAAUCAUCACUCCAAUCCACCCCCGGAGCACAAGUCAAAUAAUGAUGCAAUCGAGAAAAGUAGACCCUAA